UAGGCAGAGAGAGCAAUAGGGAGAAAUGAGUAAGAGCCAGAGCUGAAAUAGUGUACGGCAUAAUUCCUGCUCUGUGAUCACAGAUCCUCCAAGUGAAAAAAAAACAGGAGAGGGGGCAGAGAGAGGCGGUUAUCAGCUCAACCUUUGCAACCGGCUCAGGACAGAACGCCUAUAAGAUAUUUAUAGAUAUUAAAACAAAAACAACAACCUUACCCUGAAUACAGCCUUUCUUAAAAAGAAGGUCCUGGCAAUUCUGUCUUAUUUAAGCAAUUUCCUGAGUCUAAGAAUAGAAAUGAGCUGCCUGGAAGGCACUGCAGGCUGAAAUUUGGAGACAUAGCCUGCUUUAUUUUAUUUUUCCAAGUAUAAAAGCCUUCCAUUUGGAUGCUGGAUUUUUAUGUCGGUCUUUGAAGCGGAGGGAUGUAUGGCUACUUUUAAUUUUACUUUUUUCUCUCUCUCUCUUAAUUAAAAAAAAAAAACUGUCUUCCAGUUAAAAAGCAAGGAAACUGUUUUACCUGCAUGUGACAAUCCCAGAGGACACCGAUCAAGAAACAGGGGAGUGACUUGGUCUUCUGCACUACUUUACUCCUACCCCAAUUUUUUUAGGGGGGGAGAAGGAUUUUUCCAGUCCAAGAAUCUCUUGCCCCCAGGUUUUGGAAGGGGGUUGAAGACUUGUCACCCAUCUGGGGGUGCAUGAAGGGUAUUGGUUUUCUUUCUCUGUUAACUUGGUUUUGUGAAGGGUUGGAAGAGAAUUUUGCCUUCCUGACUUGCCUGGAACAAGAGGAUGAUUUGGAAAUGGCUGGGUGCGUUGCUGCUUUUCCCCGUACAGAUGGUUUAUUUGGUGGUGAAAGCUGCCGUGUGCAUGGUGCUGCCGCCCAAGCUCCGAGACCUGUCCGGGGAGAACGUGCUCAUCACCGGAGGGGGCAGAGGCAUCGGUCGCCAUCUGGCCAGGGAGUUUGCCAAGCGAGGAGCCAGAAAGAUCAUCCUGUGGGGUCGAACUGAGAAAUGCCUGAAGGAGACCACAGAGGAAAUCAGGAUGAUGGGGACAGAAUGCCAUUAUUUCAUUUGUGAUGUAGGAAAUCGAGAGGAGGUCUAUCGGCAAGCCAAAGCUGUACGGGAAAAGGUGGGCGAUAUCACUAUCCUGGUGAACAAUGCUGCUGUGGUCCAUGGUAAGAGCCUGAUGGACAGCGAUGAUGAUGCACUGCUCAAAUCACAACAUAUAAACACCCUGGGACAGUUCUGGACCACCAAAGCAUUCCUGCCAAGGAUGCUGGAGUUGCAGAAUGGACACAUUGUUUGCCUGAACUCUGUCCUGGCCUUGUCAGCCAUCCCUGGUGCCAUUGACUAUUGCACCUCCAAAGCCUCGUCCUUUGCCUUUAUGGAGAGCCUGACCUUGGGGCUGCUGGACUGUCCAGGAGUGAAUGCCACAACAGUCCUGCCCUUCCACACGAGCACAGAGAUGUUCCAGGGCAUGAGAAUCAGGUUCCCUAAUCUUUUUCCUCCUCUCAAGCCAGAGACAGUGGCUAAGAGGACAGUAGAAGCCGUGCAGAUGAAUCAAGCCUUCCUGCUCCUUCCAUGGACAAUGCAUGUUCUAGUCAUCCUAAAAAGAGUGCAAGAUUCUGCACGCUAUUUGGGAGGAAUAGAACAUGAUGCAUUCUCCCUCAGGCAGCACUUGAAGAAAUCCACAAGUUUUCUGGGAGCUACACCUGCAUGAACACUUUUAAAGGACGAACAUAGACUUGAUGGUGCAAGGACUAUUCUUCAGUGAAACCAACAUAAGCAUGAAAAUCCUGACAAGACUGUGAAUCAGCAGUCUUGGCUUUUAGCCUGUUCAUGUGACUUGCGCUGCUCUGAGGCAACACAUUUCUUGCAGGUCAUAUCCAUAGUAACAUGACCUUUGCACAGGAUUGAAUGACUAGACUAUGGACCCUUGGAAAGAAAAACAAAAAGUGUGAAAUGUUUAUAUGAUGUUUAAUUCUUUAGAGUUCAACUGUUAAAUCUACUCAUAGUUUUAAGAUGUAAUUUUUGUUUCUAAAGUGUCUGUAGGCUGUCUCAGCUGAGAGGCAGCACAUCACAGCCCAUACUUUAUCCCCUCUCUUCAGAGGAACUGCAAUUACAAACUGCUACUGGUUUCAUUUCAGCUUUUUGAAUGGGGAACUUAAAAAAUACUUUGAAGAACUAAAAGUUACAGACAUGUAAUGGAAGCUUUUCCUUCCCUUUCUUCACUUUACAUCCGUUGUUGAAGCUGUUCCCAACUCACACGAGGGAAGGAGCUAACUGUGGAGCAAUGUUUUAUUAAAGGCCACCCAGGACUUCUGUCUGGAAGGACUGUGCUGGGCCCAGGAAAACUGUCUUACUUCACCUGUGAAGGCUGGAGAAGAAUGCUCAGUCAGAAGAGCAGACAGUUUGAAUAGUGGAAGAGUCUUUCUGUCACUGAACUCAUAUAUGAAACUGAAUUGUCUUUCUGAAUAUUUUUGUUCAUUUAUGAUAAAAUAUAUAUAUAUUUUUAGCAUUAAUCCCAGAUUGCCACACAUGUAGGCAGCAUCACAUCGGGGAUGAACUAAAUCUAGAACUAAAACUAGAGCCUGCUUGUACAAACAUACAUUCACUGACAUAAUCCAUGCAGAGGAAAAUCCAUUGUAUCAAUCUGCACAGUGAAGUAAUGCUCUAAACAUAGAAGAGACAGUACUGUAGUGCUCAUGAAAUGUGAAGUUUGGAAGCACAGUUAGUAAAGACCUGAUUAAAUGCACAUUGAAUUCGACUGGGAAUAUACCCAUUGUUUUUUAGGGGCAUUGAAUCAGGCACUGAUCAGCCAAAAGUGAUAAAUACUGCUUGGACUGAAAUGCCAGAAGCAGCUAGACAUUAUUUAUUUUUGUAAUGAUAUAUUCUCUUUGACAGCCUAGUUAGAGCAACACUGCAUUCCUAUGCCAGAUGCAGUGUGCAGCACUAGGCAUAGUAAUGUAGUUGAAACAUAUUGGAACACUACUAAAAGAGGAAUUAAUAUAAUUGCAAUACAGUAAAGUAGCAAGCUUAACUGGAGAACACCCGAAUGAAGCACCUCGAGGAAGGCCACAUGGUUAAGGGAAUGAACUUAGGGCUCCUGACUUGAAUUUCAAGCUUUUCCAUAGAUGUCCUGUGUGACCUGGGGCAAGCUGCAUAAUUUCAAGGUGCACCCUGACCUGCAAAGCAGAUAUUUCUAGUGUUUCCCUACCUCAAAAGUUGUAAGUCUGACUACCUAAAUGUUUGUCAAAAGCUCAGCAAAAUCAAAUGGAACAUGCUAUGGAAAGGAAAAGCAGUAUUUGUUCACAAACCAAGAGAGUCUAUACAAGAAUUUAGAAGAGGAAAAAACCCCAUAUGCUGAAAUAUGUCAUUUCCUGAAAGAGAUCUGAGUUACAGCAGAAAAGCGGUGAGCUGUAUUUGAGAUAUUCCCUUGAUUCUGCCAUGUAGAAUGGAGGCCAACUACUUAGGUCCAGCGAUGUGAAUGUUAAAAUCGGAAGGGCUGAACCUUACUGCACAUCAGUAGAUAUAUCUCCUCCUGAGCAGUUCAAGAGGAAGAUUUUGCCAAAGGUGCCAUUGAUGCAAGCCCCUCUGCCUGCAUGGGUAUUUUGAGGAGCUCUCAUGUCUGCGUCAGUGCUUUCCUUCUGAGUGCGGAACAUAUAAGCUGUAGCACUGUGCCAGCUUUGAAAAGUUUCUUACAAUGGAGUUUUGUUUUGAAUUCCUAGAUGUCUGAGGCUCUCUGGAGAGGAUGAAAAGAAACUUUGAUCUCUGUGAUUUUGACGCCCACCCUAAUAGAUGUUUUCAGCUUUAUUUUUUAUCAAUUUUUUGAGAAGAAACCCAGUUCAUUGAAAACACCAGUGCAAUGAGGGGAGAACCCUUCCAGGAUCUGCCAGGAAUACCAAAGGUACCAUAUUUAUCAAGAGACGUUUGGGAGGGGAAAGGAUGAUUAUACGUACCUCCCCUUAUGCACUCUAAUACUUUCUAGUUUCUCAUUAAUCACAGUCAGGCAUGCCAGGCUUGUAGAUGCAAGAGCAAACAGAAUUGGUGAAAGAGGGCAACCCACAGUUUCCCCCUUAAAUUAAACCUUUAUGCUGAGAUUCUAUUCAGUGAUGACAUCGUAAUGCAAAAUUGGGGUAAAAACUAGUACACACAUUGAAAUUAACUCCCCGCUCAUCCCCAAAUCCGGUCCCUUAGAUGAAUCUGCUCUUUUCUGGCACUGCAUAAAAGGUAUUCCCUAUCUUCAGAGGUUGUCUUACAUACUAAGUGCUGUUGAUUUCUUUCUAAUAAAUAUAAACAAGUCAGAACAUAGCUGAGACUCUCGUCAUCUCACUCCUCUCAUAUACUCACACACGAACUUCCCUCUCUCUUUCCCUCAGGGUCUCUGAGCGGACAACAGGUCAAAUAGCAGUCACAGUGGGGGAGAGGUAUGCAGCAAACAGAAAAUAAUGAGGAAAACAUUGACUUUGCUUUUCAGAUAGUAAGGAAGAGUUGGGUAAGAGAGUUUCUUCUCUUGUGAGUGUUGUGAGAUAGAAUCCUAUCCAUCCAGUGAGCUACUUGCAAAUUUGGAUGGAUACAUUUGAAGACUUUUUUUUUUUUUUAUAAAGACUCCUCUGGAAUGCCUGCAGAGGUCUACUGUCCCUUUUCACAUAAGGUUAGUAUUGGGUAAUCUUGAAGUGCUGCAAAUGUGGACGAGCUUUGUUGAAGCCUAAGGCCUUCUCAAAGGAAUUUCCGCCCUUUGACUUAUUUUAAUUUUGGUUUUCCCUGCUCUCUCCACUGCCUCCUGCUUUCCACUGCACAAUUUUUUUUUUCCUUCUGUUUUCCUAUGUCAUUACUGCACUUUUCAGUGCCACCAUCUUGAAGCCAGAUGUCAUACAAAGAGUCUGGAGUAAAUCUAAAUCAGAGUAUGUAUUUAUUACCCUGCUGGCAGAAUCUAGGUGAAGCUGUAGGAGCAGGUCACAGAAGUUUCAUAUGAAAUUAGCUAAACUCUUCCAGUUUUACAUGCUCCAAUCUAUGAAGAAGUAGAAGACCCCUUACUGUCAUUUUUAUACAGGAGAUUACUGCUGUUUCCAAAUUGGAAUGAUAGAGAAAUGUUAGCUGCUUUGGGACAUACAUUCUCCUGACAGAAAAAGACCCUAUUUAAAUGGGAGGAUUUUUCAGUUUAAGGUGUUUUCAGAGGCUGGUGCAUGUACAAAGUAAUUUUCAGAAUUAGCGAGGCAGGGCAGGGAGAGGAGGAGUCCUUUGUAAGUCAGUCUGCUUCCUCAUGUUCAAUAUUUGAUCUUGUAUUUUGUUUUUGAUAAGAAAAAAAUCCUGUUCCCUCAUGCACCCUUGGUGAACUUUAAAAAGGUCCUUCCAGCUGUGUACCUGCUGAUGGCAUGUUUUUAGCGGGAUUAAGAAAAGGAGUGAGCCCUGAAAGUGGGAACUCUACCCUACCUACUCAUCCAUUGUUCUGUUAAAACAGGUUAAAAAGUGACAGAGUCCAUCUCUAUAGUUCUUCUAGAACUUCACAGAAAGUGCCUGGGCAAGUGAUUCUGAUGUUUGCAAAGAGAAACUUGUUGUACUUUUAUGUAAUGUGUUAAUUAGUGUGGGUGGAUUUGAUCAGAUCUAGUCUUGCAAGCCUUUCAGACAACUCCCUGAACACUCCCACCUUCAGAUAUUAACAGAUAGCACAGCAUUUGCCAAAUCUCAUAAAAACCUGGUAACAGACUUAAUGCAGGCAGAGCAUAAGUGGGUGCAUUUAUUUCAAAGAGAAUACAUCUGUUUGUAGCAGACAUUAAUUUGGCCCAGUAUUUUCUCUAGCUGAAAUGCAACUGUCGAGAAAAGAAUACAGGGUGACCUUGGACCAUCUAUUUUGGUUUUAUUUCUUCAUGUGGCUUUAAUAAGCUUAAUCUGAAUGGCAGCCACUUUUUUGAUAGCGCUUGUUCAUAAGUGUGGGAGUAAAGCAAGAUUAUGUCUAAUGUAAUCUUCUGCAUUUUCACCAAACAACCAGCAGUCCUGACAAUCAGAAUAUUCUGCGUUGUCUUUGUAGCUGUCACCUCCCUGGUGCUAAGAUCCUUCAACCUGGUAUUGCUUCAGCCUGCUGCAGUUUGGAGACUGAGUGAAACCUGUCAGUCACAAGCAGCAGUUACAUUCUCUAGUGAACAGAACCCUCUUUGUUACAGUGCUUCUCUGACAGAGAUUUUGAGAUGUGAAUGCUGUCAGGCACCUGUCUCAGAUUUCAGCAACUAACUUAGAGAAAGCCAUGAAGAAAACCAGGACUUCACCUUCUCCCUGAUACUCAUUCUCUUUUAUCCAGGGUUUCCUAUGGGAAGGUGGCAAUUCAGUCAUUUUCUGACCAAUAAACUGCCUCUCUUCCCACCCUCUAUUCUACUAAGAUCGCUCCAGUACCUUUGUUUCUGGAACAGAUCCCUCAAGCUGAUGCUUUAGCAGAAACACCUACUGAUCCAGCCUGUGUGGACUGGAUACAACUGAAAAGAAUAGACUUCUGAGGAGACAAUUUAUAUCUUCACACCUUCCCAAAGAGUCCAAACUUGUUAGUUCCUUAUGCUCACCUUUGCUAUGGGCAUCAUGAGAUAUUAACGCAGAAAAAAAAAAAUCAAGGCAAGUGUAUAUGCUGAUUUUUCUGCAUAAAUCUAGGAAAGAAGGCUUCCUCCUUAAAUGAGGGGAGAAAGCACUCUAAUUUGAGCUUGAGAGUGACUGAGGAGUAAGUAUAUGAGAAAACAAAAUAGAGGAUAGAUGCAAUCUUAGGGGGGGUGUGGUGGGCCUAAACAGAGGCAAGAUGCCACCUUAGAUUCCUGCAGUUAUAUAAUAAGAGGCAUGUGAGUUCCAUCCAAAUUCGAAGUCUAUAAAAGAAGGGUGUUGUCACUUCUGCUCAUUCCUAUGGGUCACCAUGCCCUAAAAAGCAGUCCAUUAACUUUGUAGCUUGCUGGCUCAGAACACCACAAUAUGCCGGUUACUGUUUGCUGUCUCUUGCUUUUUUUGAGGAAGGGAAAGCAACCCAUGUAUAUAAAAACAAGGAAGGGUCAGUUUGACUCACCACUCACUUUUUCCUAGCCAGCUGCAGAGGUCAUCCAUCAUGCCUAGGUAUUACAGGGACAUGUGGUUCUCUGGCUUACGUUAGUAAUCAUGCUGACCUAGUGCUACGAGGUAGAUGUGGUUCAGUUUCCUGGGGUUUUUUUUAUGCAAAAGCAUUUUUUCAAUUUGAAUUUUGUGCAGUAUUGUGCAGGCUUUUCACAGAUGGGCAUCCUAGGCAUGAAAUUUCCCUGUCUAUGUUAAUCAAAUGAUAAUGAAAAAGAAUACAAAAGUGAGAAGUUGCUGUUUGACAUCUUCCCCAAGCAAUGUGGAAUUAAUGCAGAGGAACAUUAUUGGAACAUCAAUGCCUUAAAUCUAGACAUCUCAAAAGCCUGGUGAGUUCUGUAUGAAAAUGGCUUCCAAAAUUGACUUCCUACAUGCCUUCUGGGGCAGUUUGCCACUGAGAUUGGUUACCUGAGCAAAUCACUGUUAUGCUGCACUAGUAAGAGGAAGACUGCAUGGAAAGCUGAGGUACAUACAAUCACUGAACAAAUUGAUUUAAAAUUCUGGUCCUGCAAGACACUUUUGAAAAAAAUAGAUUAAAGAAUGAGAUGACACAUGAUAACCAGUACAAAACCAAGUGCUGCAGUGAGGUCUCUAGUUGCCCUUAGGUGUCUGAGAGUAGCCUACAUGACUCUGAGAAGUCCUGCCUUAGUUGUGACCCGACUGGUUCCUUCCCUUGAACCACCAUGUGCAAACACUGGGCAUUGUGAAUACAUCAACUGAAACAAUUCUUCAUCUUCCUUUUUCAGCAUUAGGCACUUCACAGCAUAGCCACCAGUUGCUGCUGCUGCUUUGGGCAUUGCUAUUGAUCAGCCGAGUGUUCCCAGAUACUGUUCUGCCGCAUUACAACAUUAACGUUAGCUGUAAGAAAAGGAGGCAGUUCUUUGCUAUCUUUUCCAGGAAAAUCAACAAUUAGUGCCUUUAUGCAGAGAGAGGGCUGAAAUAAAUGCAGGGGUGAUAAUGGUUUCUGGAAUAUUUUGGCUAUAUGAAAAAUGCUGUCAUAUGGAGAAAGGGUUUAUAAUAAUAAGGGCUCAUCUCAGAAGAAUGUUAACAGAAGAUGGAAAUGGUCAUAAUGGAAAACAAGUGAUAUCCGAACACACAGUUCCUCUUCCUGGAGCCUGCUGGGAAUGCUGAUUUCAUGCAGACAUGCCAUAGCAAAGUCAGUUAACUCGCAUGGUCAUUAUACCCCCUGCAACUUUGCCUGUUGCAAGUAAUAGCAGAAGUAACAAGCUCAUUGUCUCUGCUCUCUCAACUGUUGAAUAAGCAAAAUAAGAGCUUUUUGAAAAAGGAGUAAUCCAUCUAUCAGAAAACAAAGCAAUUCCUUGGUUCAGUGUCAGCCCUAGACAAUGGAGAAGACUCUCUCAGGUACCAGAAAGAGAAGCCACAUAUCUCCUAGCUGACGCCUUGAGGUCUCAGGCCGUAUUUCCCCUUGUUGAUAAUAAAUAAACUGGGAAGCAUAUGAUUGACUCAAUUCAGCAAUAGGAUUACACAGAAUCACAAAUCACUUUGUGAGCUAUUGCUUGGCUUCCUUUUCCCCAGCAAUAACAUAACUUGUGGUCUCUUCUGGACUCCCUUCAGGGCUGCAAAUUCAUGCAGAAUACUUGCAGAGCUGGGCAACAUUUUGUUAACUCUUCUAAGGGCCAUGCAAAAGACAGCAGAGAGAGAGAGAGAGAGAGAGCAGCAAGCAAUAUUGUGUGUGUUUUGGUGGCUGAAUAGUCUGUAACUUCCAAUAUUCUAAUAUUCUUGAAUAUUCAGUAUUGGCAAUCUGACAUGUUUCUCAGCUGUCUGCUAUUGCAGAAAACCCCUUGUUUACCCACACCAACUGUUAUAAUACUUUUGAACCCUAAAACGCAUGUAGCUUCUCUGAUGUCCUGUUGGCAUAGCUGAGGUUUAACAAGCAUGUUAAUCAAAUGAAAUAGAGCCUUGAAUUUCUUUAGGAGGGAUCUGAUGCUGACACAGAAAAAUAAUAAUUAAAAAAAAAGGUGCUGAUGUCCUGCAGCAAAAGUUGCUACAUAUAAAAACCAAGGAAGUCAUGUACAAACAGCUACAUUUAAUCAUUCAAUAGAAUGCUCUGCUUCCAUCAGUACAAGGGUUAUAGCAUUGAGCCUUCUGACCUAAUUUUGAUUGUUUUAAACAUACAGAGUCAAGGCAUCUUCAUUCCAGUUUUAAAAACAGGUUUCCAGAUACAUCCCCUCUAUUUAAACAAAUUACAGAAUUGUAAGUUUUCUUAUUUAAAAACUAUGAUUUGCUUUUUUAAUUCAGACAAGUACUCCUCAAAGCUCUCAUUCCCUACAUCAAUUAAGAAAUAAUCUUAAUUCCUUCAAACUCUUAAUCCCAGUAUUUAGGACCACUGAUGCUUUUGGGCUGCAGAUGUCAUGUUUCCUUUGAUGUAACCUGGUAGGUAGUGUUGCAAUCUUCAGUACUACCCUUUAAAACCCUCUUCAUAUUGUCAGUCAGAUUUGCCAAUGGCUCCUAAUCACACACAACAGAGGAAGUUAUAUUUUACCUUUCUUCUUCAGUGAACUGAGUUCUUGCAAAUGAACGCUCAGAGAAGACUUUCUUUUGAAUGAGCCACAGGAGCCAUGCUGAGUUUAUUUUAGUUGGGUUUAUAUUAGGUCUGAUUUUUGCUGAUCUCUUCAUUUUUCAUCAUUUUGUCUGUCUCUUCCAAUUGUUCCUGUUGGGGAGGACUGCGUUUUGAGAGUUUCUGAGCCAAAAUGCUGUGCAUGCAGAUUUUUCAUCUCUGCGCCUUCCCUUCAGGCAGUCUCUCACCUGUGCCUGCCUGGGUCCACACCUUCUUAUACAGUAACACUGCAAAUUGCACUAAAUAUCUUUGAGAUUGGCUUCCAGAGAGCUAGCGUUACUUCUGCCUAAUGAGUUGAUAACUGCAUAUUCUUUUGAACACCUACAAGAUUUGAAUUUGAACUAGGAAGGACUACUAUGUAGUGGUGGCCAGAGUCACUUUAUGGUUAAAGGACGAAUCAUAAGCUACAAGUCAAGCAAUGAGAGAAGGAAGGUUUGCUGAAAUAGGCAGUAUAUGCAUUAAAAGUCCAGAACUGAAGUAGAAAAUAAAUACCCAGUAAAGUACAUGAACCCUUUCCAUCUGUCUGAAUAAUGGAAAUACAGCGCAAGCCCUGAAUUGCAGGGUACCCAGCACUGCUGUUUGACAACUUCUGAUAAUUUACCAUUCAGGAAUAUUAAAAUAUAUUGUUCUAAUGAUACCCAAAAGUGUCCUUUUGCAGUAUAAUAUACAUAUCAUGUUGGAUAUGCUUUAAGGCUGGGUGGGCAACUCAUAUCCUGGUGAUCUUCAUUACAGCUAGCAAUAGUGUUUAACAUGGGCAAUUCUUGCUGUAAAAUUAGCCUGUUUUCUUUCAGUGGAUUAUUUUUAAAUAGACUUCUUUCAAAAUUUCAUUUAUCAAAUACUUUAUAUACUUAAUGGUUCUUGGCCAAUGAUGUGCUUGCAAGCUAUUCACUGUAACUGCCGCUUUUGAAUGCUUGCCAUUCAUUAAUGUAUAGUUUUCCUGUGGAACUGGCCAUCCAAAUCACACGGUGACUUUGCUUUCCCCUGGCUGGAUGCCAUCCAAUCCCACAGAAAGCUUUCUAGGGGCUCCAGUAUGUCUGAUGAUGACCGUGAGAUGGCUUCUGGCAACAAUAUUAAUGCAAAUGCAUACUUGAAUGCAUUCUCAUGACAUAUUCCAAUCCUGUGAUCAAAAACGUGCUUAUAGACAUUUUCAAGGGAAAAAAACCUAACUUGGGAUACCGUCAAAAGUGCAUUUGCCUUUACUUAUAGCAGCAAAUAUUCACAGUUUGGUUUUGUUUCUUUCACUGGAUUCACCUCUCUCAGCCUCAGAUUGUCAGGGAAGAAAAAAAUCACACUGUGCAGAUCCUGGAAAGAGUUAAUUAAUACAAAAGUGACCUCCUGACAUCAGGGUAUGACAUAUUUCCAUACGAUGGUGUUAUGAUUUUGGAGGAUUUGUUUUGCUGCUUACUCACCCCUAGUUCAUUUAAGAAAAUAAAACCACAAGUGGAAUAAAGUUGUAGUGCCAGUUAAAUUUGGAAAGUGAGCGAAUGUAGGAAAAGAGCAGAAUGUCUGAAUGGCCUGAGAACACAGGUGCAUUAGCAGAAAGGUUGUGCUUGCUGCUGAGCAUAAUUCAAUUCACCUGAUGUUCAUGUUCUUCCUCUUCACUCUGACUGCUGAGUAUAGAUUUGAAACUCCUGUAUCAAAACUGCAGGCAUAGUAUUUUGACAUACACCUUUGCAAACCUUGCGAUUCAGUUUCUAUUAUAUACAUAGUGGAAGGGUGAAACAGAAAAUUGUACAGUCUUGCCUGGUGUCACAGAAUGAGACGAUAUAUGAUGCACUGAUGGUAUAACCCUUAGGGUCACCCUAAAGCCUUUGCAUGAUAGCAGCCUAGACUGUAAGUUCCUGCUAAGAUCCAGGUUUGACAAGCACAGCAAAUAAGGCAUUUGCCCAUGAACUGUUGCUUACUUAAUCGUGUUGCUCUGUAGAGGCAAACCCUAAAUUGUAAUCGGGUUUUCACACUUGUACUUGACCCUUUAGAUUAGAUUACAGCUUCCUCUUAAUGCUGUAAUUGCAACAUUUCCAUGCCUUAAAGCAAAACAAAGCUUGAAAACCUGCCCUUUGGCUCCUCCCUGCUAGCUUGCCGAGGUGUCUUUUGGGGGAAGAUAGCUGAUGUGCUAAAUUGGCCUAGAAAUGCAAAGGCUCUGAGGAUUUAAUCGCAGAAAUGUUUGCUUGGGGGCACUCACCAUGGGUUUUUUUUCUUGGAACUUUUAGCAAACGUAGCCUUUGUUUGCAUUUUUCUGUGGUAUGUGUUUACUGUUCAUUUGUGCUGCACAUGCUGUGAGAAAUUAAGCCAUUAUGUUGGUAUUUUUUUCCUUUCUCCUGCUUUCAUUCUUCCCCCCCUUCAAAAUCCUUACAAUUCCUUUCAUUAUUUGAUGUUAACAGGACAAAAGAAAUAAAUACUUGAAAGAA